AUGUUUAAAGGUCGUCUCUGGCGUUUUUUAAUAUUCUUUUUUGUAUUGUAUUUAACAUUUCUUUUCCUCAUCUUUCGUUCAUUUAAUUCUGAUAAUAAUGAUAAAACAACAACAUUACCAUUACCUCAUGCACGUGUUAUUAUUAAUGAUAAUAACCAAGAACAAAAUAAUAUUCAACAUCAUGUGGCGGUCCGACAAGUCGAGAAUAAUAAGUCAUCUAAUUUAAAACCUGUAAUGACAAAAGGUGUAUUAGGAAAUUAUGAACCAAAGAAGUUAGUUAAAGUAUCAGGUCCUGGUGAGGAUGGUGAAGGUGUUCAAUUACGUGGAGAAGAUAUUCAAAGAGGACAAGAAUCUGUUGCUGAAUUUGGUUUCAAUGAAGUAGCAAGUGAUAAAAUUUCAUUAGAUCGACGUGCACGUGAUACGAGACCAGAAGAAUGUAAAUAUUGGAAUUAUCCGAGUGUUGAUAAAUUACCAACAGCAUCUGUUGUUCUUGUUUUUUAUGAUGAAGGAUGGUCAACAUUAGUACGAACAUUUCAUUCUGUAAUUAAUACAAGUCCAAAAGAAUUGUUAAAAGAUAUUAUUCUUGUUGAUGAUUACAGUGAUCAAGAACAUAUAACUGUUCGUUUACCGGAAUAUAUUAAGAAAUGGAAUGGUCUUGUGAAAUAUGUUCGAACAAAACAACGAGUUGGACUUAUUGAAGCUCGUGUUGUUGGUGCUCGUGCUGCUGAAGGUGAUGUGAUUGUAAUCUUAGAUGCUCAUUGCGAAUGUGUAACAAAUUGGCUACCACCAUUACUUACUCGAAUUGCCUUAAAUCGUAAAACUUUAGCUGUACCUAUUGUUGAUGGAAUUGAAUGGAAUACUCUUCGACAUAAUACAGCUUAUGGUGGUACACUUUAUAGAGGCAUAUGGGAAUGGGGAUUUUUAUAUAAAGAAACAGAAUUACCACAACGUGAACGUACUUUAAUGAAAUAUCAAACUGAACCUUAUAAAAGUCCAACUCAUGCCGGUGGUCUUCUUGCUAUUGAUAAAAAAUGGUUUUUUGAAUUAGGUGCUUAUGAUCCAGAUAUUAAAAUUUGGGGAGGUGAACAGUAUGAAUUGAGUUUCAAAGUAUGGAUGUGUGGUGGUCAACUUGAAUGGGUUAGUUGUAGUCAUGUUGGACAUAUAUAUCGAGGACCACGUCGACGUAGUAUGCAUCCUCGAGGUGGAAACAUUCAUCAAAGUCAUAUAAAUCAUUUGCGUGUGGCUGAAAUUUGGAUGGAUGAAUAUAAAGAAUAUUAUUUACGUCGUCAACCAAAUCAAGCUCAUCUUGAUAUUGGUGAUACAAGUGAAUAUAAAGCAUUACGAAAACGUUUAAAUUGUUCCAGUUUUAAAUGGUUUUUGGAUAAUGUUGCGUAUGAAAUGGCUGAAAAAUAUCCAUUACCACCAGCAAAUCAUAUUUGGGGUGAAAUGCGUAAUGAUCAAUAUCAACAAUGGUGUGCUGAUACACUUGAUAAUCAAUUUGGUCGACCUAUAGGCAUAUCUGGUUGUCAUCAUCAAGGUGGAAAUCAAUUAUUUCGUAUUAAUGUAGAGGGUGAAUGGUCAUCGGGCGAACAUUGUUUUGUAUCGGAAGGAAAUUCUGUUGUAGCAAGGUUUUAUUUAAAUAGUUAUUUGAAGAAGUUACAAGAAAAAAAAAAUGAUGCCUUAUGUAAUCUAUUCUCUUUAGAUAAAAUGUUACAUUUAUUAGCAAAACGUGCAUGGAUAACUAACCGGCUAACAUUAAAUUUUUCUAAAUCGAUUGUUCGUAAUAGUUAUUACUUAGUAAUACCUGAAUUACCACCUACUGUUGAAGGCACUGAUGCAGUAUUUCAUUCUGAAACACUUCCAUCAUUUGAACAUGCUACACCACAAGUUAUUGUCAGUGGUGGUAUUCGAUUAUGUUCAGAAUUUGAUACUACUAUUCAACAACAUGUCGAAAAAUUAGCAAACGAUACAUCAAAACCAACAUUUGAGUCAAUAUUUAAUCUGAUUGAGGAUUUAAACGUUCCAUUUGAAACUGGUUAUUAUACAAUUCGUCAAUUAGCACUUGUUCAACAAGGAACAUUUGCUAAAUUAUUUUCCAAAUUUGAUAGUCAUUUUUCUGUUCAUCGAGAAUUCCGUUUUCAAGAUCCAGCUCUUUUCAAUCUUGUUCAAAAUCUAAAUACUGAUGAAAACCGAACUAAAUUAAAAAAUUGGCAACAAACAUUAAUCAAUGUUUAUUUAUACUAUGGAAAACUAAAUGGUUGUCAUUUAAAUAAUGAAGAACUUGAUCAAAUGCAAUUGCUCAAUGGAAAACUUAGUCAACAUCAAUAUAGUUUUGCUCAAAAACUUCUCUAUGCUAAUAAAACAUUUACACAUCUUGAACUUGAUCCGUUCGCUUUUGAUGAUGUACCAUAUCAUAUAAAACAACAAUUUGCUGUUGAUAAGGCUAAACCAGAUUUAGGACCAUGGAAACUUGAUUUAUCUGAUCAAACAUUUCAUACAAUAAUGUCUUAUUGUGGAAAUCAGCCAUUGAGGAAACUUAUGUUUGAAGCUUAUUAUGGUCGUGCAUCACCAACAUCUGAUCGAUUAGAUCGAAAUGUAGAAAAUAUUGUUGAAAUAACUCGAAAACGAAAGUCAAUAGCUAAAUUUCUUGGUUAUCCUUGUUUUGCUGACAUUGUUUUAGAAUCUAAAAUGGCUCGUAAAAAAGAAACGGUACAAGAAUUUAUUGAAACAACACGUUCAAAAUUAAAACCAAUACAUGAUGAAAAUAUUCGUCAAUUAACAGCGUAUGCACAAGAAAAAUCAAAUAAACCAAAAGAAUAUGAAAAAUUACAGUCAUGGGAUGUUGCUUAUUGGCGGCAUAAACAAUGUCAAGAUUUAUAUUCAUCAUUAAAGAUUGAUCCUCUACAAAUAAGUCGACAUUUUUCAUAUGAACAUGUGUUACAAGGACUUUUUAAUUUCGUCGAAUUUCUCUUUGAUGUUAAAUUUGAAUUAGAAAAUAAUUUUGAUGAACAAUAUAAAUGGCAUACAGAUGUACAAGUUUACAGAUGUAUAGAAAAUGGUAACUGA